AGCUGACUGGCCACGUACGCCGCAGAGAGCUGGAUGGUACAGUGUCCUAUGAGGGAAAAGCAGGCAGCGGAGGAGAGGAAGAGACGUGAGGGAUUGGUGCAGAAACUCUCCCGCCAUGCAUCAGAAACUGCUUAAGAGUGCCCAUUACAUAGAGCUGGGCAGCUACCAGUACUGGCCAGUCCUGCUCCCCAGGGGAAUCCGGCUCUACACCUAUGAGCAGAUCCCUGUCUUCCUUAAAGACAAUCCAUACAUCACUGAUGGCUACAGAGCUUUUCUUCCAUCCCGUCUGUGCCUGAAGAGCCUCUUUAUUCUAUCCAAUGAGACGGUUAACAUUUGGAGUCACUUGCUGGGCUUCCUGCUCUUCUUCAGUCUGGGAGUCUAUGACAUGAUGUCUGUUUUGCCAUCAGCGAAUGCUUCCAGGGAAGACUUUGUUAUCUGUUCCAUUUGCCUGUUCUGUUUCCAGGUGUGCAUGUUAUGCUCGGUGGGAUAUCACCUCUUUUGUUGUCAUCGCUCAGAGAAAACCAGUCGGCGAUGGAUGGCGCUGGAUUACGCUGGCAUUUCUAUCGGCAUCUUGGGUUGCUAUGUCUCUGGGGUGUUUUAUGCUUUUUACUGUAACAAUUACUGGCGCCAGGUAUAUCUGAUCACAGUGUUGGCUAUGAUCUUGGCGGUCUUCUUUGCUCAGAUUCAUCCUAGCUACCUCACACAACAGUGGCACAGACUGCGUUCCGUCAUAUUUUGCUCUGUAACUGGUUAUGGAAUUAUUCCUACUGUCCACUGGAUUUGGAUCAAUGGCGGUAUCGGGGCUUCUAUAGUCCAGGAGUUUGCUCCUCGGGUCAUUGUCAUGUAUUUCAUUGCAGCCUCCGCAUUUAUGUUUUAUGUUUCUAAAGUUCCAGAGAGAUAUUUUCCAGGGCAGCUAAACUACCUUGGUUCCAGCCAUCAACUGUGGCAUAUUCUUGCAGUGGUAAUGUUGUAUUGGUGGCACCAGUCUACAGUUUACAUCAUGCAGUACAGACACAGCCAACCGUGCCCUACACAUAUGGAUCAUUCGUGAGGUGGGGGAGAAUCUUCUAUUCUUGUCGUUUGAGCACUCGCUGAUGAAGAAAUCUUAAACAUGGGUGCUGGCUCUUUUGUUUUACUUCUGCCAAACCCAUGAGGCAUUCAUUCAGAGUACCAGAGGUUUGCUGCUGGAAUGGGAUUUUAAGGUGACACUGCACUGAGGACACAGAUACAAUGCUAGAUAAAGUAGUAGUAACUCGAGAAGACACUGAGCAUGGAACUGCAAUGAUGGAUCUGGUCCUCACUUGACAUAUGGAAAGAACAAAUCAGAUUUUAAAUGAUAAUAAUCUUAUGGCUUUGGGCAAGCAAUAGUCUAAAUCAUUCCAUAUCUAUGCCCAAAAGAGUGUUUAUCAUUAUGGUGACGUGAAACAUUUCAAGCAUCCAUCUGACAGUGUCUACAGGCCUGUGUAUACGUGCAUGUACACAAAAACAUACCGGGUGCCAAAUAGCCAUGUAAAGGUUUAUUCCCUUUCAUGCCAUGUCAUACUGAAUGCCGUAGUGCGGAAAUAUUACUAGUCAUUCAGAGUUCGAUGUCUACGUCAAGCCAGAAAAUCAUGGACUUUUAUACAACGGAGUGAAUGUUAAUUAUUGGAUGUCCUGCUAAUUUAUUAACCUAAUUUAAACCAAAUCAACUGAAGUAUUUAAAAAAAUACAUAACUUACAAUAAAGGAUUGUUUUUGUACUGAAA